AUGCCUCCUAACGCCCACCAGGACGUGCACGGAAGCAGCGCCGGCCUCGCCAUGACGACACCCCCUCCGGCCACGGCCACGGCGGCGUCCAAGAUGGACUUCUUCUUGACCACCGUCUGCACGCCGCUCAACCUCCAGUUCAUCGACGUGUCGUACCGCGUCAACCAAACCGAGCGGCCGGCGUCGUCCUCCAAGGCACCACCCGGCGGCCGGAUAUCGGCGCACUCUGGCCGCGGCGCCGGCGCCGGCGCCCCUGCGUCAGAGGAGCGGACGAUCCUCGAGGGCAUCACCGGCGAGGCGCGCCCCGGGGAGGUGCUAGCGGUGCUAGGCCCAUCGGGGAGCGGCAAGUCGACGCUGCUCUCGAUCCUCGGCGGCCGUCUCGCUGGCCGCCACUCCGGCACCGUCCUCGCCGGCGGUCGCCCGCCGUCCCGCUUCGUGCAACGCCGCACAGGGUUCGUGGCGCAGGACGACGUGCUGCACCCGCACCUGACGGUCCGCGAGACGCUCACCUUCUGCGCGAUGCUGCGGCUCCCCCGCUCCGCGCCCGCCGCCGUGAAGGUCGCCGCCGCCGAGGCAGUGAUCGCGGAGCUCGGGCUGGGCGCGUGCGCCGACACCAUCCUCGGGAACGCCUUCGUGCGGGGCGUGUCUGGCGGGGAGCGCAAGCGCGUCAGCAUCGGGCACGAGCUGCUGCUGAACCCGAGCCUGCUGGUGCUGGACGAGCCCACGUCCGGGCUCGACUCCACCGCCGCGGCGAGGCUGGUGGCGACGCUGUCGGCGCUGGCGAGGAAAGGGCGGACGGUGGUCCUGUCCGUGCACCAGCCGUCGUCGCGGGUGUACCGCAUGUUCGACUCCGUGCUGCUGCUCGCUGAGGGAAGCUGCCUUUACAUUGGAGCUGGACGGGAUGCCAUGGACUACUUCGCGUCUGUUGGAUUCGCGCCGGGGUUCCACGUCAACCCCGCCGACUUCAUGCUCGACCUCGCAAAUGGUUUUGCUCAAGCAGACUACAAUGUCACAGCAGAAGGCGGCAACAACGUGAAGCAAUCGCUGAUCUCCUCCUACAACAAGGUGCUGGCCCCAAGGGUGAAGGCCUCCAUCAACGCCGGCGCCGCUGCAGAGCACGUACAAAACGGCGCCGGCGAAUCGCUGCCGCCGAUGGACAGCUGCAGCGGGUCCGGCACGAGCUGGUGCAACCAGUUCACGAUCCUGCUCAGGCGCAGCCUCAAGGAGCGUCGGCAAGAGACGUUCACGUCGCUGCGCAUCUUCCAGAUCAUGGCCCCCGCGCUGAUCGCGGGCGCCAUGUGGUGGCGGUCCACGCCGCUGGCGGUGCAGGACCGGCUGGGCCUGCUUUUCUUCGUCUCCAUCUUCUGGGGUGUCUUCGCCUCCUUCAACGCCGUGUUCGCCUUCCCGCAGGAGCGGCCGGUCCUCGCCCGCGAGCGCGCGUCGGGGAUGUACGCGCUCUCCUCCUACUUCAUGUCGCGCAUGGCGGGGGACCUGCCCAUGGAGCUCGCCCUGCCCACGGCGUUCACCGUCGUGGUGUACCUCAUGGCCGCGCUCAACCCUUCCCCCGCCGCGUUCGCGCUCACGCUGGCCGUGAUACUGGGCUACGUGCUCGUCGCCGAGGGCCUGGGACUCGCCGUGGGCGCCGUCAUGAUGGACGCCAAGCGCGCGUCCACGCUGGUGACGGUGGUCAUGCUGGCGUACCUCCUCACCGGCGGGUUCUACGUCCACAACGUGCCGGGGUUCAUGGUGUGGGCCAAGUACACGUCCUUCACCUACUACUGCUACCGCCUGCUCAUCGCCGUGCAGUACGGCGGGCACCUCAAGCGCCUGCUCCCGCCCGAGGCCGUCGACGGCGAGGCCGGGCCGGGCGCAUGCGUCGCCGCGCUCGUUGUCAUGUUCUUCGGCUAUCGGCUGCUGGCGUACCUCGCGCUGUGCCGCGUCAGGAAUUGA